AUGGCAAGCUUGAACAUUCGCACCACCCUCUCCAAGUUUGGCCAUGUUGGAGCAGCAAUUGCUAGAAGAAGUACAUGGAAUCCCAAUUUCUUCUUCGCUUCAAGCCCGAGAUCUCUCCGAGCAAUGUCUGAUCCAGAUGGGGCAGCGGCAAGAGAAAAGGCAUCGGAGGCCGUUCAACAUGGUGCUGACGAGGCUAUCAACACCGGUGAAGACAUGAAGAACAAGGCUGCUGCUGCUGAACAAGAUGUGAGUGGGAAGGGAAAGCAGAAAGUGCAAGAUGAAUGGGGUUCGGACAAGGAGAAUGCACAAAAGGCCAAAGACACGGUGAUUGGCAAGGCGGAUGACUCAAAGGAGGUCAUCAAAGAAAAUGCAGAUACUAUCAAGCGAAGCAUGAACUCCAAGAACUGA